AUGGCCCCAAAGGACGGGACAUUGCCCCCAAUAUGGGACGACUUGGACUGGCAAAUGGGCCAGCUCUUUAUGAUGGGUUUUGACGGAACAACCGUGGACGACCAGAUCCGAUCGCUGAUCGAGAAUUAUCAUGUCGGCAGUAUUAUGCUAUCCGCCAAGAAUCUUAAAUCUGCCGAAGAAACUACGAAGCUCAUUCUGGAACUCCAAACAAUAGCGCGGGAUGCUGGACAUCCGGUUCCACUUCUGAUUGCUCUAGACCAAGAGAAUGGAGGGGUUAAUAGUUUAUACGAUGAAAUAUACAUACGACAAUUUCCUAGUGCAAUGGGCAUUGCUGCAACGGGUUCCAAGCGACUCGCCCACGAAGUUGCGUCAGCCACUGCGCAAGAGUUAAGGGCUGUUGGCGUCAAUUGGAUUCUAGGUCCUGUUUUGGACGUCCUGACCAACGUGCGCAGUCAGCCCAUCGGUGUUCGAACGAGCGGAGAUGAUCCUCAGGAAGUAUCGCAAUACGGCGUCGAAACUAUGAAAGGAUAUCAAGAGGCAGGAUUGGUCACGUGCGGUAAACACUUUCCUUCGUACGGGAAUAUAGAAUUUGUGGGUUCGCAAACCGAUGUUCCUGUGAUUACGGAGUCAUUGGAGCAGCUUAGUUUGAGUGCCUUGGUUCCAUUUCGCAACGCCAUAGCAAAUGGCCUGGAUGCGAUGAUGGUUGGCGGAGUUGCCAUGUCUUCAGCUGGAGUGAAUGUAAUGCAUGCCUGUCUUUCUGAACAAGUGGUGGACGGACUUCUACGAAAAGAGAUGAAAUUUGACGGAGUUGUGGUCUCUGAGUGUUUGGAAAUGGAAGCUCUUACACACAACAUCGGUGUGGGCGGUGGUACUGUCAUGGCGAUGAAGGCUGGCUGUGAUGUGGCCCUCCUAUGUCGGUCGUAUCCUUUCCAACUGGAAGCUCUGAACGGGCUGAAAUUGGGAGUUGAGAAUGGCAUGAUCAGUCGCUCGCGUAUUACUCAGUCCCUUCAAAGGGUUCUUUCCAUGAAGGCGCGUUGCACGACAUGGGAACAAGCCUUGAACCCAGGUGGUAUCGAGGUUUUGACGCAUAUGCAGCCAUCUCAUACUAGCCUCUCAACCCGCGCGUAUGAUAGCUCUAUCACUCUCGUUCGCGAUACCAACAACCUGCUUCCUUUGCCGCAAAUUCUCGAACCAGAUGAGGAACUGCUUUUGCUGACACCUUUAGUCAAGCCGUUGCCUGCAUCAGCAGUUUCGCGGUCGAUGCUAGACCUGAUGACCGCUUCACCCGACCCGUCGGCGUCGUGGGAGAAAGGGUCAUCAAUAUCUAGCGGCGAGAGCGUCUUUCGGGAAUUCGGUCGAUCCCUUGCUCGUCAAAGAUCCGGACGUGUGCUGCACACUUCCUACACAUCUACUGGAGUACGUCCGAUACAUGAGAGUCUCAUCGACCGAGCCAGUGCCGUUGUUAUACUCACAGCCGACUCGAAUCGGAAUCUCUAUCAGCACGGGUUCACCAAACACGUAUCCAUGAUUUGCAAAUCGCAGUACUCCCAGACAGGCGAACGGCGUGAAAAGCCCGUCAUUGUGGUUGCGGUGAGCUCGCCGUAUGACUUCGCUAUAGACCCGUCUAUCGGCACGUAUAUAUGUACAUAUGAUUUUACCGAGACGGCGCUACAGGCGCUUGUCAAAGUGUUGUAUGGUGAACUCUCACCUACCGGAUCGUUACCUGGAACGGUCAGCCGAAGCCAGAAAAUCCAUCAAUCGCGCCAACACUGGUUAGUCGAAGCGUGGAAUGAACAGCGUGACAGUGAAGCGCUUGAUGCGUUACUAGAUGCUGUAAGAGAAAGCGGCUCGCAUGCUGAAUUAACGAAUGUUUCGUCCCAUAGUUUUCUUCUCCGAAACGACGAUGUUGAUGAAGCACAUUUUGUGGUGCGAAAUAGUACAACACAGGCAUUAUAUGGAUUCUGCACGACGUAUUUCUUCCGGUCAACUGGGACCGGGGUCAUUGGUUCCAUAUUCGUGGACCCCGCGAGACGAAAGCUGUCCAUAGGACAUUCACUUCAUAACCGGGCAAUUCGAAGCCUACUACAACGGAAAGGAGUUAAGCGGUUCCAACUAGGCUCUCGGCUACCGAGCAUAUAUCUAGGAAUUCCUGCUGCUAACCCCGUAGAACGGAAAAGAUUACGACAAUGGUUUGCUCAGUUGGGAUGGAACACGGCUCUAUCACGACCUCUAUGCAGCGUCUUACUUCGACCGUUAUCGACAUGGACAGCACCUGAAGGUCUUGCGAAAAGCUUACACACAAACGAGGUAGACUACGACCUUGUCCAUGGCUGGGAAUACGCGGAGUCAAUAUUCGACCAUAUCAAGACCAAUUCUCGACAGGGUGUAAUGGAAAUAUACAAAAUGGCACUUAAUGGUGCACCACACUCCGGCGUCAUAAGAGCAAAGCGGCCCGAAGAUGGUGCUAUAUUGGGUAGUGUGGUGAUUUAUAACAGUCAAUCCGCGAUAGCGGAGUACAUUCCAGCAUUACAUAAAAAGGACAAGGAGAGGGAGAAACAGGUUAAUGGUAGCAAUACCUCUACCGUGAACGGAAGCAACAACACAGGAGGAGGAGGCGGGGUUUCGUCACCAGUCAUCUCGCCUUCGGUUGGUGAAUAUGCAACCUUGAUGCAGGGAUUGAUUCUAUUGGGAAUCAAGCAAGUUCGAAAAUCCGGGGCAGAUGCGGUUAUGCUUGACUGUGUCGACGGCGACGGAAAUUUUGAUAGUUUGACGGCAAUGGGAUUUACGGUGCUUCAUAGCUUUGAAGAAGUUACCUGUGACGCGACGACGUGGAAGUUGAUGCAGCCAUCCUAAGAUAUUUGCCCCUCGAAAUAGUCUACCAUGUGUGGACAGGUGCUCAUGAUAUGUGUCUAUAUGAGAGAAAGAGUUUUUAUUGCAUUGUACGAAUUUUAUUAGGAGACAACUCUCCAUGGGGAUGAUACUCCUGUCCGUCAUGAGUACAUACCCAUUCAUAUUACUGUGCAAUUCUGUGUCGAUUGUAUUUCAUCUACAUAUGCCCUGUGUCUAUUAAAACUUCCGUAUCAAUGAAUGACUUCAUGAAUGAACG